CAAAAACAUAAGGCGCCGUAUAUCCGAGGGUUUAAACUGUGCUUUAUCGCCUACAAGUGGCCUGUUUCAUUGAUAUCACAAUAUCUUCGGAUCAAAAGCCUGGUACAAAUACCACCGACCAUGGUUCACAAGAUCCUUUUCUGGAGCGGCUUCGGCAUCGCUGUUCGAUUCUGGCAACUCGGCAUGGAGUUGCGGCCGUUCUUUAACAAAGAGUCUCUGUGGGCAUAUCCGGUCUUCGCUGCCGCCGGUGGAAGCUUCGGUUACUGGUUAACGGGAGUCGAGCAACGACAAUUUAAGAUUCUCCAAGACCGAAAAGAUAGCUUGUUGGAGAAGCGAAAACGGAGAGCAGAGAGAGAAGCCGCUGAAGCGGGUGCGUCUCUUGAGCCAACGACGAGUGCAGCAGAGAAAGGCGGCAUCUUGGCUAGCACAUCUUAGAAAGUUUGGUCAUACUUGUAUGGUGCGACAGUUUAUGGAAUAAGGGUUGGGAACGGAGAUUAUAAGUCCCCAAGGGAGCUUAUUCUAUCAAAGGCAGAGCUAAGGGUUAAUUUUUUUUUUUUUCAUUGACUGGAAGGCGCUGUUUCAUCUGCCGUUUCAAUCAUGUUUAUUGCGUACUUCAGCGGUUGUAAUGAUUCUACUCUCUCAUCUCAGGAGAUUAUAAAGUCAUCUUAACUACUUUUCUUCUCUCUGCUGGAUCCAGAGCAUAGAAACCUAAGUAAGUUAAAAGAAUGACUACGCAGGUAGCGACGAACACGUUAUGAAAGUGAUUUCCACUUUUUUAUUUUAUUUUACUCUCGCACA